GGGUCAAACCUGCUUCGAACUUCAGAGAACACAAGAGAAACCCGGUGUGUUCAGGUCGGAUAUCAGCUGAUGUGUUGCCUCUGUUAACUCAUUUUAAUAAUAAUAAUAAUAAUUGAAUCCCAGAGAAGGCGGACUAGUGUUAAACAUGGCGGGUUUGCCUCCGGGAGACCCGCAGCUCGUCUCAAUGAUCGUGAACCAUCUGAAGACUCAGGGUCUGUUCGACCAGUUCCGGAGGGACUGCCUGGCAGACGUGGAUACGAAGCCAGCUUACCUGAAUCUGAAACAAAGAGUGGACAACUUUGUGUCCAACCACCUGUCGAACCACACCUGGAGCCCUCACCUGAACAAGAACCAGCUGAGGAACAACAUCAGACAACUCGUGUUGCAAUCUGGGAUGUUGGAGCAGGGAGUGGACCGGAUCGUGGCCCAGGUGGUGGAUCCCAAAAUCAACCACAUCUUCAGGCCGCAGGUGGAGCGGGUGGUCCGGGAGUUCCUGUCUCCUGGCAGCUGCUCUGAGGAACCUCCACCGUCUCUCCCUUCAGCUGAGACCAAACCUGACAGCAGCGUUCCUGAGCAGGCUUCAUCGUCCGCUCCGGUUACCACGGCAGCCAGCGACGCCAUGUCCAUCCUGGACACCAUCACCUCCCUCAACCAGGAGGCCAGCGUCAGGGCCAGCUCAGACAGAGGACGGCGAGGCCAGGAGGAGCUGAUGCAGCAGGAGGACGGAGAGCAGGACAUCCUGGAGGAAGGAGACGGCCUCCAUGACGGGAGGACGCUGGAGGAGCCAGAGGAGCUGGCCUCAGACGUCCAGCUAGAAGUGAAGACGGAGGACACACAGGAGCAGAUGGAGACUGGAAGAGAGGGGUUCAUGGAGGAGGUGAAGAUGGAAGAGGAGGAGGCAGGAGCUCAGGAGCAGACGGAGGAGGAGAGAGAGAAAGCUGCAAGCAGAACAAGUGGAAGAGGAGCAGAGGAGAAGCAGGAAGAAGAUCUGCUGAAAUCUACGAGUCAGGCCAAGCAGAAAGCCAGAGAGAGGAUAAAGGAAGAAUACUUCUUGGAGGACUCGGACCUGGAGGGGCUGAGUGACAUCACCGUGAGCUCCGUCCACACCAGCGACCUCUCCUCCUUCGAGGAACAAAGUGAAGAAGACGAGCCGCCGUCUGAUUCUUCUGAAGAAGGAGAGCUUCAGUCAGACGAUCAAGAUGAGAAAGCAGAGAAGAGACAAGGCAGCGGAGAGGCAGAAGAAGAAGAGCGUAAACCUCGCCGUAAGGCCUACGUGCACAAGCCGUUCCUCUACUCUCGCUACUACAGCGACUCGGACGACGAGGUCACGGUGGAAGAACGUCGCAGAUCUGCCGCAAAGGACAAAGAAGAUCGGCUGCUGAAGAGACAACAGAACCGAGAGCGAAUGGAAGAGAAGCGUAAACAGAAAGAACAGAAACAGGCUGAAGAACAAGAUCACAGAAAACAGAAGAGUGGAGACUCUGCUGGCCUGGACGGGCCCAGAGCCAAAGAGGCUCGCAAAGAAAGGAAAGUUCUGGAGAAAAAGAUGGCUCUCAACAGGAAGAGGAAGCUGGAUUCAAGGAAAGCGGGAGAUGUUUCAAGCAGAAGGAGAGGAGAUGCAGAAGGAUCCAGGAGAGCGGAGGUUAAACCGACAGCCUCAAAGCCUCCACAACCCAAACUGAUGAGAAAUCUUUCUGAGUCGGCAUCGUCUGACGAGAGGCACCGAGCGCCCAGCAGCGUCUCAGAAGACUCAGAAAACAAGAAACUACCCGACAAAAGCCGAACACACUCGUUCAUCCUGGAGCUGGAGCAGGGCUCCCAGGAGGCGCUCAAACAGCGCUCGGGGGGGAAAUACGACAGGUCGUCCCGUAAAGAAGUUCACCUGAAAGAACGUAAAGAGAAAGAACGCAGCCUGUCAGACGAACGCGGCAAACUCAAACUAAAGCAGGAGAAGAAAUCUGAACAUCAGGCUGAUGAAAGUCAGCAGAAGGAAGGUGCUGCAGCUAAAGUUUCCUCUGAGGACAAAGGGGAGAAGAAGCUGAAGAUCAAAAGUGAGAAGAAAAUGGCCGGUGUGGCAGACGAGGGUCCUAAAGAUGCUACUCUGAAGAAAGCCAAAGCUCCAUCUAUGGAGCCUGUCAAAGCAGAGAAAGACAAAGUUAGGGAUAAAGAUAAGAGCAAAGAAAAGGAAAAGGCCAAAGGGGAGAAAACUGCAGCCAAAAGUGAUUUGAAGCCGCUGCUUCGCCCGGAUUCUGCCGGCUCGUCUGAGGAUCGGUCGGACAUGGAGCCCGGCGCCGACGGCAGCAAGAAGAAAGAGAAACACUCAAAGGAAGUCCUGAAGAGGUCAAAGAGUCACACAGAGGACAGGCCAGGAGACAAACUGAAGUCUAAAAUGGAAAAUAAAGACAGCGAGAAGGAGAAGAGUAAAACAGACCAAGAGGGACAGAAAUCAAACAAGUCCAGCUCUGAAACUGACAAAGAUGCAAAAAAGGUCAAGACAACAGAAAAAGGAAGAACCAUUGAAAAGUCUAAAUCCAAAUCCAAAGAGGAAACAAAGACUCAGUUGUUAUCAAAGACUGAUAAUAAAGUUCAGAGUUCAGAGGUCAAAAGUACAGGAGGUGCACCUGUCAGCAGACCGGAGAAGAAGAAAGAGGGAAACGUAAAGGAGCAGCGCAAAGUCUCAGAGGAAGCUCUGCCUGAGAAAUCAGAGAAUAAGAGCACAAAGAAGAGAACGGAGAAGAAGGAUAAAGGAGCAGAGAAGAGAGAGGACGGCCAGGAGGAGAAGAAGGAUAAAGGAGCAGAGAAGAAAGAUGACAGCCAGGAGGAGAAGAAGGAUAAAGGAGCAGAGAAGAAAGAUGACAGCCAGGAGGAGAAGAAACCACCCAGAGAAGACAAACUGGACAAGUUAGAUAAACCUUCCAAGUCUUCUGUUUCCUCUCUGGACCCGGAGGAGCAGCUGAAGAAACGACCUCUGCUCCCAGACACCAGCACCGACUCCGACCCCGUCACCACCACCCUCACCUCCCUCACCACCUCCGUCACCUCCCUCACCACCUCCGUCACCACCUCCUUCUCUGACGAUACCUGUGACGCUCUCAGUGACAUCACCCCCGAGCCUCCCGAGGGCGAGACAGAGUCCCGGCUCAGCGAGGUGCCAGCGGCGCUGCCGGCCGAGGCCGACGCCCUGCUGGCCCUCAUGGACGUCUGUACGUCAGCCGGGGCCAGACUAACUCCUGACGUCUGCACGUCAGCCGGGGCCAGACUAACUCCUGACGUCUGUACGUCAGCCGGGGCCAGACUAACUCCUGACGUCUGUACGUCAGCCGGGGCCAGACUAACUCCUGACGUCUGUACGUCAGCCGGGGCCAGACUAACUCCUGACGUCUGUACGUCAGCCGGGGCCAGACUAACUCCUGACGUCUGUACGUCAGCCGGGGCCAGACUAACUCCUGACGUCUGUACGCCAGCGGUUAGUCUGGCCCCGGCUGGCGGCGGUCGGGAGGACGGAGCGCCGGAGAUCGCUCUGCAGGACGCAGACAUGAAGAUGAAGGAAGCAGCUCUCACUCUGCUCUCCAUGGACCCUGACAGCACCGUGUCCUCCACCUUAAUAUGCCACGACAGCAGCGAGGAGGUGAGUCAGCUGACCUCUGAACAGGAAGAGCCUCCUGCUCCUCCUCCUGCUCCUGCUCCUCCUGCAGCUGAACAAGAGGAGCCUCCUCCUGCUGUGGCAGCAGCAGCUGAAGCCUCCGAGCCGUCACCAGCUGAUUCUCUACAGACUGUUGAAGAAAAACCAAACACUGCAGAUGUGUCUGAAGAUUCAGAGAAAGAAAACGAUGUGAAGAAGGCUGAAAUGUCUGAAGCUCCUCAGAGGUCGGAGGUGGACACCACCUCAGAUGACUGUCAGGCUGUUUUAAAUGAGGAUGAAGCCAAAGAUGCAGAAACUGAAACGCAGCCAGAAGGAAACAUGGAAGCCACAGCAGCUGGAGAAGCUGCUGCUGCAGUUGUUUCAGAAGACGUGGAUGGAACGACGGAUGAGAGAACUGAACCAGUCCCAGAAACUCAACAAGGAGAGCAAACUGAGGCUGCAGACACAAAGACGAGCCCAAAGGUGGAGGACGAGGGAGCGGAGGACAAGAUGGACGUAGAUAAUCGUGAAGCUGAGAGUCCAACAGUGGAGGAAGAAAAUGUUGCAACAGAGAAGAAUGAUCCACCAACUGUGGAACAGAACGCCCAGCAGCAGAAUGAGGAGAUCAGAGGAAAAGACAAUCAGCCCAAACUGAUCAAACAAACCAGCAGCGUCUCCAGUGCAGACAGCCAGGAAGGUGAGAAGGGAUCAGACCUGUCAGAGAAGGAAGAGAAGACGGAGGGACGAGGAAGACGUAAACGGAAGCUCUCCACUCAGAAAGUCGCAGCAGUGAAGGAAUCAGGUGACGAGAGGGAAGAGAAGGAGAGUAAAGAGUCUGCUGAGGAAGUGGAUCAGGAGAAGGUGGUGGAGGUCAGAACACCACGACGAGGUCGAUCAUCUAAAACCAGCGAGGAGGAGAAGGAGCAGAAGGAAGCUGAGAAAUCAGAGACGGGAAAACCUUCAGCAGCUGCUGCCAGAGAAACCGCUGCUGAUAAUCAGAAGAACAAUGAGAAUAAAGACGAGGAGAAUAAAGACGAGGAGAAUAAAGACGAGGAAAGUUCAUCAGUUCAACCAGCUGAGAGAGAACAGAGAACAGAAGAGGAAAGUGUCCCAGCAGACAGCGAAGCUGCAGGAAGCUCCAGAGAAACCACUGACACUCGUAAAGCAGCUUUGAAGAGGAAGAGAUCAGAGGAGACGGAGGAACCUGUGGAGGACGCCCCGGCUGAAGAGAAGAUAAAGAAGGAAAACAGUCAGCAGGAACAAAGAGACAGUGGUGUUUCCCCGUCAGUGAGCCAGGCUGAAGAGAUCUGCAGCGAAAAGAAAGCAGAUGAUGUUGAGGAGGAGCAGCAGGAGGAGCAGGAGCAGCAGGAGGAGACUCCGAGGAGAGCCGGUCGGAGGGGACGGCCGGCCAAGGCAGCAGCCUCCGAGGAUCCAGAUAAAAAGGACAAGAAGGCAGAACAAAGCGAUGAAGAGGAGGACGAUGACGGUGAGAAAGAAGAGGAAGAGAAAGGAUCUGCAACCAGAGCGACGACGCGGUUAGCUUCUCGGCUGGAGGCUGAACGAAACAAGCCAAGUAAACCAUCCACCCGGGCAAGUCGACAGAGCGAGAAAGAGGAGACCGCAGCUGGCACACGUGGGACGAGGGGCCAGGCGGCAGCGGCGAAGGGGGGCCGCAAACGGGAGGCCAGCCCCCCCGCGGUGCGAACGCGAGGGGGCCAGAAAUCAGAGGAGCCUCCUCCGAAGAGAGCCAAACGCUGAAACUCAGACGGCAACGCAGCGUUUUCUCUGCUCUCCGUAUCCACGUCAGUCCUGUUGCUGGGUCAGUUAGCACUGUUAAGCUGUUUCUGCUUCGUUGACUGUAGAUAUUGAAAAGCUCUGGAUAGUAUUAUUCUCUCUGCUCUGAUAGCUGAGUGUAAACUUGAAGAAUCCCCCUGAAAUACCUUCUACUGCACUACGCCCAUAUGGUUCCCAUCAGACUUCACCAUUCCUCCGUUUGUUCAGUAAUGCCCUCUGAAUCAGAGUGUUUCAGCCCAAUCAGAGGCCCAACGCAGCCGAGCCGCUGUCAGAUAAAGAGGGUUCAAUUUAAAUUAGAGGCGUCUCAGCUACUGCUUUUUUUAAAAUCCAAACAUUUGUUCAUAGAAAUCACUGUGAAGUGUUUUAUUUUUCAAUAUUCAUUCUGUGAAUGAAAACAAAUUUCUUCAGACUUUUAAAAAAAAGUUUUUGUUUUUAUACUUAAUAUUCUGAAGUAAGGGAUGUUUUUUUGUUUUUUUUCCCCCUGUUUUUUUUUUUUUUUAUUACACCAGAAAAACGCAGAAUAGUUUCUCUGUCUUCACAAAAUAUUUGUAACGAUCAACUGCUUACUGUCUGAAUGGAUGUAAUCUAGUUAUUUGUAUUGUUUUAGAAAUUACUGAAUAUCAAUAUAAUGGUGUUAGAUAUUUUGCCUUCCUGUCAAUGUUUUUUAUCAUAAAUGUAAAAAUACAGAA